AUGUUGGCGGGUUGGGUUUGGCGAUUUUGUUGGGUUGGAUUAGCUUUUGCCCACCUUUUCCGCUCCACCUCUAGGCCAAUAACAGACCAACAUUUUGUAACUCCAAAGUCCACAAUAAGUCCACUUAUAGGCCCAACAUCUUGUAUCUCCAAAGGCCUUGGAAUGAGGCUUGGUUUACAGCUUACAAGUUACAACGAGUCCGAGGAGGAAAUACCAACCGGUGGGUUUAUGGAGGAAAGAAAGAAGAAAGUGGAAGAAGAAGGGAGCUUAAAUGGGUUCUCUCCAGUUUCUUCUACUCCGGUUUUUUGGAAAUCUAGGAAAAGAUUAGCAUCGAGUGCAAAGAAUUUAGACAGUGCAGUAAAUGAUUCCAAAACUGAUAAAACAAUGGAAAAACAAGAAGAUACUAUCAUGGACGAAAACCAGCAAGAAUCAAGCAGCGUUUCUGUUCUUUCUGAGAAACGGAAGGCUUUAUUCGAACCACUGGAACCAGUAAGUGGUCGACGACCUUCAGCUGAAUCCUUACUUCCGCCUCCUGACUUUGAAUCUGCUAGCUAUCCAAAGGGGUGGCUGAUUGGGAAGAGGCGAAAGCUCGUAAAUGUUGACGUUGUCGAGAGUAUGCGAAGGAUUGCGGUACAGGAAAUAAAUCGAAAGGAUAGGGAAAUAGAUGGCCUAAACGAGCAAUUAGAAGAGGAUGCUCGAGUCCUAGAGCAUCUUCAACUCCAGCUACUGGAAGAACGAAGCAAGCGCACUAAUGUAGAGAGGACAAAUGCUAUGCUGCAAGACCAAAUUACAAUGCUUAUGAAUAUGUUACAAGAGAAUGAACCAGAAGAGGAUGAUGGACCCGACGAGCCCUGA